ACGUAGUAUAUAACACGCAUUAGACCAAUCAUAUCCCUUGCCAAAAAAACGAUCAGAGUAAUAACUAAGAGCACUUUCUCUGUAUUUUUGCGGGAAACGUUUUGUACGUAAGCUAAUUUCUUCUUCUGCACGUAGGCUAAUUUAAUAUGCUAUGUAUAGGUUUUGAAAUAUAGGCUAGAUACUUUGCAAAGUUAAUAAGAUAACACAGAAUAUAGAUUUGGCGAUAAAGAGGAAUUAAACAUGCAACUGAGGAUUGAUUGCUGGUUGAUUCUCGCUGUGUCCAUCGUUAUAGUCCAGCAAUGCGACGCUGUAUCAAGCUUUCACCGUAAUUAUACCAUAUCCUUGCCAUCACUGUCACCUGAGACGACUAUCUACGUGAGGUAUAAGCUCUGUCUGACGUCACAACCUCAUUACGUCACAGCAAACGUGUCAGUCAAGAACCCCUCCCUUCCAAACACGUUCACCGCAACAGUGGUGGAGAUAUUGAAGCCAGGGGUUAUUUUGAAGAUAAAAAGAAAUGAUAUAGAAGCGGGUUGGCCCGAGAUGGAGAUGAUAGUGAACUUAUAUAUCGUAUUGGACACAGCCAACUGUGAUGCUUUGUACGCAAUCGGACAACGGAACAGCGGAGCUUACCAGUUUAACGUGGGCGGCGUUGACAUGAAAGUUUACUGCGAUAUGACGACAUCUAACGGCGCUUGGACGGUUUUCCAACGACGUUUUGACGGCUCUGUGGAUUUUUACCAACCUUGGAAAUAUUAUGAGGAUGGAUUUGGAAAUGUUAAUGCCGAGUUCUGGAUGGGUUUAAAGUAUCUUCAUCUACUGACAGAGAGUGGCAAUUAUCUUCUAAGACUCGACAUGACACUUUGUAACGGCACAUCAGUCUCUAGAGAAUACUCAAACUUUCGUGUUGGUAACGCAUCUACAAAUUAUACUUUGACUGUAGACAACUAUAUACAUUAUACAGCACUAAGAACUCAUCAAGGGAUGCAAUUUUCAACUUUCGACCGUGACAACGAUAAAGUCAAUACCAAUAAGCAAAAAAGUUCCAGGGUGGAUGGUGGUAUAACAGUUGCAUGAAUGCAAACCUAAAUGGAGUUUAUGGUUCGUGCGAAACCGAUGAAAUGUAUCUACACUUCAAAAGUAUUGGUACUUUGACGGAUGGGACACUCACAAAAACAGAAAUGAAGUUUAAACCAAAUCAUUAGAUUGGUUUAAAACUUAAGCAUAAUAGUUCCUGAAAUACGCUCAUCGCACAUAUAUUGACCAUUAUGCCAACACGGUUUAAUAGCUCAAGGCAAACUUAUAACCACGAUAGUUGUGUAAUAUACCGUAACACUCGAUUUGUAAACAGUAUUUAUAUACUAGGGUGGGAAAAUGGAAUACCUUUUCAUUCUCGCUUGUCGUCGCAUUUGGUAUAGUAAUAAAGAAUUAUAAACCCGUUUCCUUAGAACUCAAAAAAAAAUCGAUCGUGUAUUUAACAAGGUAUUACGACGCAUUUCAGGGUCGUGAAGUUACGGUUAUACAAUGUUCUUUGUUACCUAUAUAAGUGGGAUGGGAAAAUAGAAUCAUAUAUCCCUUCUUACCCCAGCAACCUACUACAUAGUAGGAUGGAAAAGAUGGGACACCUUUCUUCCACUUUUCUCGUCUCAUUUUGUAGUAAACAAGGAACAUUCAAAG